CUAUGAAAUAUUUGCAUAAAAUAUUUUUUCACUUGUUUGUUGUAAAACAUAUGAAAUAAAAACAGAGUUGGUUUUAUGUUCACAUUGUGACAAAAUAUUUGCCGUUUUUUGUUUCAUGAAACAGCUGUCAAAUAGCUAAAAAUAUAAACAGAAAAAACUUGUUUGCCGCCCGUUCAGAUUGAACAAAAUAUUUGUGUGAAAUAAUUGUUUAGUGAAAUAGUAAACAAACAGAAAUUUAUUUGUUUGAAAUGAAUAAUGAAGAUACUUUUCUUCUUUUAUGCUGUGGUGUUGUAUCAGUAAUUCUUUUGGAAGGGAAAAAAGAAAAACAAGAAAGAGUAUGGGUUCGUGAGUGGGUGCGAAGGCGAAAAGAGGAAGGGUGUUGCGCAAAGUUGUUGAAAGAGCUUCGCUUGGAAACUCCAACACUGUAUCACAACUUUUUAAGAAUGAAGGCAAAAGAUUUUGAUUAUUUGUUAAAUCUAGUUAAGCCUCUAAUAACGAAGCAGACUACAAGAUUCCGGGAACCCAUUUCUGCCACCGAACGUUUAGCGGUUACUCUUCGUUACUUGGCAACAGGUGAGAGUUUUAGAUCUCUCCAGUUUGUAUUUCGGAUACCGUUUAAUACAAUCUCGGUUAUAGUUCCAGGAGUUUGUAAUGCAAUUUACAAUGUACUUCAGCCGGAAUAUUUAAAGGUACCAUUAACUGACGGUUAUUUGGAAUACACUAAUUUCUUUAAUUAUCAA